AUGCCAGCGCUCCGACUACUGGGGCGAAAAUGGCUGGCAGCCUCCGACGAUCUCGUGUUCCCCAGCAUCUUCGAGCUACUCUUCAGAUUUGUAUGGCUAGUUUUAAUAGCGUUAGUAGUGGAGGUGCUGUACCCAGUGACAUGGCAGUGUCAGUCAGAGGGUUGGCAAGGCGGAGCGUUCGUGAGGCUGUACCUCUGCGCGACGCUGACGCUGCAAGCUGCGCUGAUGCUGUUACUGGCAGCCCUAGCGCUUCAGUCAGCGAAGGGAACCAUCACCGACCUCGAUGCUAGAAAGAUGGUGUCGCCACUGCUUCUUAUAAAAGUGCUGCUAGUGUUUCCAGAGACGGCCCUAAACGUCAUGGGCACGAUGUGGAUGUUCUGCGAAGUAAUACAAUGUUCAGUCGACGACAAGUUCUCCAGUAUAGUCAUACAAAGCAUAGUCCUAUUCAACUGGGUGCAGCUAGGUCUAACAGUGUUCGGCCUAUUCAUGGUGUUUGAUCCCUUGGGGUCAGUGAACUAUGGAGACAUGCAGGACACACCCAACCAGGUCCGACAUCACAGGAAGGUCACGGGGUUGUGGUCUCGAAGGUUCCGAUGGGCGUUCUGCUGGCUGAAGAGAGAUGAACAUGGGAAGGAAGCUUUUCAGCAGGUUGCAGCUCUCCUAAGCGCCCUAUUCAGAUCAACGGACCUCGUCCCAUCAGACGUGGUGGCAGGCUGCGUUCUACUCAGGGUCCGGCAAAAAAGGGAGACGAGGGAAAUGAGAAGAAUCCAAAUGCUUAACGAUGAAGAGCCAAUAUAUACGACAGAUGUUAAUAAGAUAUUUUCGGAGACACCUCCGUGGAUGAACUUGGAGGACGCCCUGCAUUACCUAAGGCUGUCCAUAGCAGCGUAUGGGUGGCCUUACGUGUUUUAUCGACACUGCUUCACUGGCUUCUGCAAACUGGCCAGACACUUGACCUGCUGUUGCUGCCGGCCUAAAAACAGCAUAGUGACAGAUGACAACUGCUGCAUGUGCAACUUUGCCGGCGUGAAGUACAUGUCGAACCUUCCAGCCGACGAUAUCAUCUUCGCUUCUUUCAACAACCGAGUAUUUGAACUACCAUUCUGCGUGAUAGCGGACCAUGAACGAGAGAGCAUAGUGGUGGCUGUGAGAGGUUCCAUCUCUCUUAGGGAUAUAUUCACCGACUUCACUGCUGGAUCGGAACGAUUUGAAGCAGAUGGUCUGCCAGAAGACACAGCAGCUCACAAGGGUAUGUCGAUGGGUGCCGCUAAGAUGCUGAAACGUCUGCUGCCCGUGUUGGACCGCGCCUUCGCACAGUACCCUCAGUAUGACCUCGUACUCACAGGUCACAGUCUCGGAGCAGGAGUCGCAGUAUUAGUAGCAUUAAAGCUAAGGCCGAGAUACCCACACCUCAAAGUAUUCGCGUUCUCAACACCAGCUGGGCUUAUAAGUCGGGAAGCUGCGCGGUUCACGGAAUCAUUUGUGAUGACUGUGGGCGUUGGUGACGAUCUGGUGAUGAGGCUCUCCGUGCAUAGCAUCGAGAAUCUAAGGACGAAGAUCAUACAGACCAUUCAUGCCACUAAAUUGCCUAAGUACCGGAUAAUGCUGAACGGCUUCGGCUACGCGUUAUUCGGGGUUCCUGCACGGGAUCUAGAAUCAACAUGGCGGCGGCCGGAACAGCUGGAGGCGCAAAAUUCGGAUGACUCCGCCGACGCGCUACUGGUCCAUAGCGUGUCCACAGAAGCAGCGUUAGUAUCACGCGAUGUAUUCGCGCGUCGCUUCUCCUCAGCGAGACUGUUCACUCCGGGUCGGAUACUGCACAUCGUUCGACGCAAGCGCAUGGGUAUCGAGAAUGAUGAAGGAGGAGAGGAAAGGAAAGUGCGCACAACAGAACCAACGUACGAGAUGAGGUGGGCGUGUCCCGAGGACUUUAUGGAGCUACAAGUAAUGCCACGUAUGUUACUGGACCAUCUACCAGAGAACGUGCAUCGUACCAUACGCACCGUGCUAGAAGAACGACAUCGCUAUAGAAUCACACAAACAGUUUAA